AGAAAGAGAUGCUUCGUAUAAUGUGUCAUGGAGUAAAACAAAGCAUGGGACAAGAGGGAAAGAUAUGCUUCCCCUUGUACCUGUGUGGAAAAUAAACAAAGCACAAAAGUGAAGUUUCCAAAAUGAACGCAAAGGAUUUCCAGCGGACAUUCCAAAAGCCGAAAAAACAGUUGGUCUAUGAUUAUUCAAAUUCUCAAAAUCGUUAUUUUUCCAGAUGUUCUUGGCCAUCAUAUCGACCCAUCGUUGAUUUCGUACCAUGUCUUUUCUCAGCUUCGUACCUGCUAGGACUUGCUGCAUGGUGCUGAGAAUUAACCUUGAUUGCAAUGCUUGUUCAAAAAAAGCUAGGAGAAUCAUUCUCAACAUGAAAGAGGUAGAGACACACAUGAUUGAGAAGCAGCAAUGCAGGAUAAACGUAUGUGGAAGAUUUAGACCAUCUGAUGUGGCGACAAAACCAAGGAAAAAGAUGAACCGCAGAGUUGAAAUACUGGUCACUCAGGACUUCGGCAGCAGCAAAGAACAGGAAGACCCGACGCCAGUGGUGUCUGGCUAACAUGUACUCCCACUCCCACUUCUUCUUCUUUUUAUUAG